AAUAAAGUUUAGUGGUGUGUACCACCGCACUCGUCCACUUGCAACACCAAGAUGAACGGAGGCGUCGGCGACGCCGCCUUGCAGCACAAGCGCGCGGCGGGUGAGAGCGAAGAGGAACGGAUGGCCAAGCAGAUGCGCACAGAUGCAGGAUCCGCUAUGGGCAUGGCGCAGGCCAACGCGCAGGCGAUGUUCGGCAGUCCACAGCAGCAAAGCAACCUCUUCUUCAUGGGCUCUCAGCCCAUGGUACCUCCGAUACCGGUGCAGCAGCCUAUGACAUCGAUGGCUCCGAAUGUGCCGCAGUCACAGGCGCAACACAUACAAAUGCAGAUCCAGCAGCGCCAGCAACAGCAACAAUAUGCAGUGGCAAUGGCAGCUCGACGCAACGCUCAGCAGCAGCAACAGGCUGCCGCAAUGGCGGCGAUGAUGGGGCAACAGGGCGCCCCAGCUGUGCACCAAUCGCCGCAGAUGAAUGCGAAUCCUGGCACUAAUAUCCACGUAGCCUCGCUAAUGGGAAACCAAGGAGCGAACUUUCAAGCUAACGCACCAAGCGGAAUACCUACACAGCCUCAGUUACAGCAGGAAGUGCGCGCCGACAACAGCGCUACUACUCCUUCUGCUGCUCAGGUGGCACCUGCGACCGCGAAUAAUACCGAAGAGCCCUGCGUUGUGUGUGGGAAGAAGGGUGAUGUCUUCACGUGUAACGGUGGUUGCGGCCUACAUGCACACCCAGCAUGCAUUGGCGAAGAAGCUAUCUUCCCAUUUGUUGUCGGACAACUCUGUGGAAGCUGCUUCAUUGUACAACAGAACCGGGCAUCACCAGAAGAUCUAACGAAAGGAGGACCACAUGCGCUAUCAGUGCGACGAGCUAUCUUGUGCGUGAACUUAGAGACCAACAGCAAUUCGAAUUUUGACAAGUUUGGACAUUUGGCGUCGUUGCGGCUGGGAGAAAUCGGAUCGAUUGCAGGCUACCCGAUUAAGCCGUUUGCGGAGAAGUUUGUCGAGCCAUAUCUGCAGCGCUGGAUACGGGAGAAACUUGCAACCGCUGGCAAAUGGAUGCUAAACGUCCGCGAAAUUUUCACCGUUAUGAUUGGCCUGUACAGUUUGAAGAGAGCCUGUAUCGCCCAUGGCCUGCACGACAAAGUGAUCGAGCUCAUGAAAGCCCGUAAGUUCACGGUCAUGGACUUUUUUGGAUGGCAUCCUGCCAUCGAAGGCCCCAAUGUGCGGUGCUCCAGUUUGUGCGCUAUCUGUGGAAUUCGUAACGCGCCUGAGCUGGAUAUGUGUUCGCGUUGCCACCACAAGCUGGUGUUCCCGUCCGUAUUCACGAAGUAUAUUAGCACACUCCUUGCGGCCUUCUACGCAGAACAAGUAGGAAUUCCUCUCGGAGCAUCCACACUGGACGUCUUCGCGCACACAAAUACCGUUCGAGGGUUGUAUAAGGGACUUCAACCAUUUGACGCUGAUGGUGUCACCUGGGAUAUGUUUACAGACCAGUUGCGAAUGAUUUUUGGGUUUCUGGAUAUUAUGAGCAACUUUGGGACGUUGCAGCUCAACCCAGAUUUGUUUGUGCCCGAGAUGAACAUCAUCUUCAAUCCCGCUUACGUGAACCAGGCAAUGAUAGCCAACGAAUUUGAGGUCGUUGGAAAGUUCCUUCAGUGCAUGAGGCUGUUCGGUCAUGCGAAGAGCAAGGAGAAGGAAAACAUGAUUGAGUCUUGCGAGCGAUACUUGCUAUUCAAGCAUCUUCCAAAUGGAAGCUGGUGCAAGAUGAAUGGAUCGACGGUGGACCAGUACAAGGCCACGGUUACGUGUUCCAAGGCUCUGCUCACCCCCACCUUCCGCGGAUACGGUCCCAUUUCGCACGAUUUCCAACGACUCCUAGAGAAAUGGGCACGCAACGCAGCUCCAAAACUUCCCUCGGUCGCCAUGGCUGGAAGACAGCCAGCAGAUACCAACAAACUGAAGCUGCUUGCAUCCGGAGCAACCGUAAAAACGAACACCCAGACCAGACUUAAGCGUCUCGAGGCGAUGUAUAAGCGGCAAACCGCCCCAAAAGGAGGUAAUUCUUCACUAGAAUGCCUUAUGACUGAUAGGAUGAAAAAGCUUUUGAAAGCGAAGAAACUUGAUGCCCAGUCGAAAACCGCAGCAGAAGGCAAGGCUGCUCAGAAAGAGAUUAAGGUGGACGCAGACAGCAUCAAGGAAGAGGCUCAUCCCGUCGAGACUAAGAUACCUUUGGAGAAUGACGAAACAAUGAUCAAGAAAGAGGAGGGCACUACGGAUUCGGAGGACGUUAAAUCCGAACAUCAGGAUGAGAGUAGCUCCGCAGGAAAGGAUCGAGAUGAUGACGACAUGCUUACAAGCAUGAGUCUCCACGAGGAUCUAGAAAUUUUUGAUGGCCUUCAAUUUGAAGACGGCGGUGGCAUCAUUGACAUGAACUUUCCCUCGCUCGGACCCCAAGGGGACACUGACGAUCAUGCCAUUGAGGAUGCUGACGGCACGGAUGCACCGGGGCAGGAUGACGAUGACGAUGAAACAAUGGACGAGCAUGUUGUUGACGAUGAUGAGGAUGAAAAUGAAGAUACCGACAAUAAGGCUGCAGGAGAAGUGCCUCAACAAGAAAUACAAGAGGCAUCGACUGAGGAAGAGAAAGUGGAAAUUGCCGGCAGUGGCGAUGCUACCAUAGACUUUCUGGAAAUGUAAAUGGGCGAUUGCGAGCACAAUUCACAAUGUCUUCUGUUAUUAGAGAGGCUGAGUCGCUCACAGCAACCCGAUAAUUUGACCAAGAUCUUUUUCUCCUGGCUUCCUAUACGUCAUCGGAGCCUGGGCUCUCUGCCGGCUUUCAGCGAUUUCUUCAUCGCUCAGCUCCAGGAAUGAUCGCAAUCCUUCCCAUGCUGCGCGAGACUGCGGGAAAAGUAAACGCGUAAGUAUUCGACGCAAAGAUAUUCACGAAGUUAUGAUAAUUGUUUACCUGGACAUGGUAAUCCAGCUCCAGGUUCGCCAAAGACAACAAAGCGGUCUUGAGGUUGGCAGUCUUCCCGGUGUCCAUCCUCUUGGUUUCCACCUUCAAACUGUUAGCAAUAAACUGGACUUGCUCCUUGGCGUGGUUCAUGCGAUCCUCCGCCUAGAGUACCAUGUACGAUUUCAGUAUCGGGUUUGAGAAAUCACGUCCACGAUUCAACGCACCGACGCCAUUUUCUGCUCUGCUCGCAUGGCAGAUGCUGCUGCACCGCUACUUGCCCGUGCAGCAGCAAAUCGCUCUUUAUUGCGCUGCAUACUUGCAUUCGCUUGCUGAACCUCAUGAAUCGCAGACUCGCGGUUGUGCAUAACGGUCUGCAUAUGAAAAAUAUACACAGCGGUCAGGAUUGGG